AUGGUGCAGGGCAGUUUCGAGCUAAGUGUCCGGGUUCAUCACAGCGAAAACAGCGAUCGGUGGCAGUUCUGCGACGCCCCCUGGGGGCUGGAGUACGGAGCUGAUAAACUUCUUCAACUCCGACUUCUUCAUAAUCCACAUGGCGAACUCGCUGCAGCAUAUUUGUGGCCCUUCCCAGGUUUGGCCGUGUGGAGAGCACUAUCUCCGCCCGUUCAGCUUCCUGGAGAGCUUCAUUCAGGCAGCGAGGGCGAGCAAGACGCACAUAUUGACGUAGCCUUUCUGGGGUAA